AUGGAGGCGGGACUUCCGCCCAGAGAUUCUCACACCAUCCAGGGAUCAGUCUUCUCCGCGGUGCCCUCCAGACAGGCGCACGGCCAGGUCGUCACCUGCGUGGUGCAGCACCAGACCUGGGCGGAGCCGCUGCGGCUGCCCGUCCACCUGUCCGUGCUCUUGGAGAUCUCCUCUUCCUUACCCAUCUAUCUCUGGGCCAGGACCUUGGGGAUCCUGCCCGGCUUGGCUCAGGUCCAGGGCUCCCUGCUCCAGAUCGCUGCGGUGAACGAGGUCAUCAACACGACUUUCAUCUGCAGCACCACCAACGCCAUGGGGACCGGCCAGGGAGAAGCAACCAUUGUCCUCAGAGAGAACCCCGGGCUCCAGGUCAGCCAGACCCAUCGUCGGUGUCAUGUUCAAGGUGCUGUGGGAAGUGGGGGGGGAAUCACGGUGGUCCUGGUGCAUCUGAUCUUCGGGUAUCGGAACCUUCACGCUCCCACCAGAGACACGACAGACACACUGGGACCCUUGGGCGUCGCCAACGGACGCCACAUGGGGCCCCUUGUUGGCCCCCAGGGCCACCUGGCGAACAGCCUCUUCCUGUCAGCUUCUGUCCUGGUCCUGUGGCUGCCUCAAUGCUCCCAGGCCUCCCUCAGCAUCCAGAAGAUUCCAGAAAUGCCUCAGAAGAACCAGGAUCUUCUCCUGUCCCUCCACGGGGUCCCCAGCACCUUCCAGGAUGUCACCUGGUACCUGGGGGAGACCACGGACGGGGGUACCAGACUGUUCACCUACAUCCCGGAGCUGCCCCGACCCCAGAGGGAUGGAGAGGCCAUGGGGCAGAGGGACAUGGUCGGCUUCCCCAAUGGCUCCCUGCUGCUGCGCCACGCCCAGCCCGGGGACAGUGGCCUCUACCAAGUCGCCCUGGCCGUCAACUCGGCCUGGACCAUGAGGGCCAAGGCCCACGUCCAGGUGGUUGAAGGAACACACACGGAGCCUACCACUGCCCACGUGCCCAUGAACGCCGGGGUGGUAGCCGCGGCCAUCGUGGGCCCUCUGGCCGUGGCUAGUCUUCUCAUCGGCGGCCUGGCCUACCUCCUGGUGACACGGAGCUGGGGGGAGCAAAGUUCCAGGAUGCCAGCCAGGGAGAAGCCAGAGCUGAGACCCAGUCGUGAUACGGGUGACAGCAACAUGUAUGAAGUGAUACCAUCCCCAGUGUUGCUCCUGACCCCAGCUGCGCCCCCACUUCCUGAGCCACAGCCACAGCCAGAACCCCAACACUACCAGGACUUGCUCAACCCCGACCCGGCCCCUUACUGUCAGCUGGCGCCAACUGCCUGAUGGCGCAGCCCCCACCAUCUUCUGGG